GUUUUGAGCGCGAAAGCCGUGGCUGGCUGGUGGAGCUCCAAUCUAUUCCGCAGCACAAACGGCCCUUCUGAGGCUCUGCUCCCCGAGGCUGGCGGAAGGAAGGGCACUGGCUACUCCGGUACCCACUGAAACAAAACCGACAAACGCAACCGAAUUAACACUAUUGCUUGUUUGGGUCACUGAAGAAAACUUUUCCUGUGUCGACAGAAUUCUAGCCCGACUUUCGUUUGGAACUCAGGAUCAGACCUUUACAAAAUUACCGACCUGGGUUAGAGGUGCCCGCACGUGUCGAGACCAUCUGGCCAAGGACAGGGAGAUGCCCCCUGGGAGAAUGUUUUAACCGGCGCAGCGGAGCCGCUUGGCUGCGCCCGCCGCAGCCCUACUCCCACUCCGUGCGCCGGGCUCCGCAGUGACCCGGGCUCCCGCAGCGACCCGGGCUCCGGUUGCCCAGGUAACGCAGGACGCAGGCGCAAAAGGCGGGUGCCUGGCGCGCGCUGCAGCUCCCCCUCCCCCCGGCAGGCCGCGGAGGCGACGCGCUGCCUGCGCCCUGAGGCGAGUGGUUCUCCAGCCGGAAAAUCGCGGCUCUGGUGCCGCUCUGGGCUCAGCCAGUGAGAGGCCGGGGGUGUGGUAGAGAGAAAGAGCCGGCCGGGUACUUAGGACCGCGCCAGCCUCUGAGCCCGGCCUCCUUCGCACUUUGGAGUGCGCUUUUGCUGCCCGCCGCAGCCCGGUCGUUGAAGGUAGUAAAGCGGCCACCCGGCCGCAUCAUGGUGACCCCCUGUCCCACCAGCCCCUCGAGCCCCGCCGCCCGAGCGGGGAAGCGGGACAACGACCAGAACCUCCGCGCCCCGGUGAAGAAGACCAGGCGUCCGCGCCUCCGGAGGAAGCAGCCGCUGCAUCCCCUGAACCCGUGCCCGCUCCCGGGAGACUCCGGCAUUUGCGACCUGUUCGAGUCCCCCAGCUCCGGCUCAGACGGCGCAGACAGCCCCUCUGCGGAGCGGGGUGGUAGCCCCCUGCCCGGCCCGGCCCAGCCCGUGGCGCAGCUAGAUCUACAGACCUUCCGCGACUACGGCCAGAGCUGCUACGCCUUCCGCAAGGCGCAGGAGAGCCACUUCCACCCGCGGGAGGCGCUGGCACGGCAGCCACAAGUGACGGCGGAAUCCCGCUGUAAGCUGCUCAGCUGGCUGAUCCCGGUGCACCGCCAAUUCGGCCUCUCCUUCGAGUCGCUGUGCCUGACGGUGAACACUCUGGACCGCUUCCUCACCACCACGCCGGUGGCUGCAGACUGCUUCCAGCUGCUUGGGGUCACUUCCUUGCUCAUCGCUUGCAAACAGGUGGAGGUGCACCCGCCGCGCGUGAAGCAGCUUCUGGCCCUCUGCUGCGGCGCCUUCUCCCGGCAGCAGCUCUGCAACCUCGAGUGCAUCGUGCUGCACAAGCUGCACUUCACCCUGGGUGCGCCCACCAUUAGCUUCUUCCUGGAGCAUUUCACACACGCUCGCGUGGAGGCGGGGCAGGCUGAGGCCUCCGAAGCUCUGGAAGCGCAAGCCCUGGCGCGGGGGGUGGCAGAGCUGAGCCUGGCCGACUAUGCCUUCACCAGCUACUCCCCUUCCCUCCUGGCGAUCUGCUGCCUGGCGCUGGCGGACCGCAUGCUGCGGGUCCCGCGGCCCGUGGACUUGCGACUGGGAGACCACCCGGAGGCGGCGCUGGAGGACUGUAUGGGCAAGUUGCAGCUGCUGGUGUCCAUAAACAGUACUUCCUUGACUCACGUGCUGCCCGUUCAGAUCUGCGAGAAGUGCAGCCUGCCCCCGAGCUCGAAAUAAAACAGAUCCUUCGUUUCCUUUUAGUCCCUGGCCUGGCUGCUGGACCUCUCCCAUAGCCUCAGAAGAGUGCAGUACUGGUCCACAGAGAAGGCUUCAGGACCUGCUUGGUCAGCUGCAGGUUGUAAAUAGUGUACGAUACUAGCAUCUGGUAUUUUAUUUAUUUUGCAGCGAGCACAUGGGGAAGCUGAGUCUUUCACCAAUAAACAGUUGUGGUUUGUCUAAA